AUGAUCAGUAAAAAAUGUCUUUCCAGAAUUUGGAUGCUUUAGAGGAAUCAAGCGAUCCCUUGGAGUUAAUAAAGACCGUUCAGUCCCUAAAUGCUUUAAGAGAAACGUUGGUAAAGGGUCUUGAAAGUGGCCUCAGGAAUGAUGCUUCAGAUGUUGCAAUAGCCAUGCGUCAGAAGUGGCGUCUUUGUGAGAUUGGCCUUGAGGACUAUUCCUUUGUUCUCUUAAGCAGAUUCCUAAAUGUGCUUGAAAAUUUGGGAGGGGCUCCUUGGCUUGCAAAAAAUGUGGAACCAAAAAAUGUAAGCUCUUGGAAUGACCCCCUAGGUGCUCUAAUUGUUGGUGUCCGUCAACUGGGAUUGUCUGGCUGGAGACCAGAAGAAUGUUCUGCUAUUGGAAAUGAGCUCCUUGCCUGGAAAGAGAAAGGUCUCUUUGAAAAGGAAGGAACUGAAGAUGGAAAGACUAUUUGGGCACUAAGGCUCAAAGCUACACUUGAUAGAGCAAGAAGGUUAACUGAGGAAUAUACUGAAGCACUGCUUCAAAUAUUUCCUCAGAAAGUGCAGAUUCUAGGAAAAGCUUUUGGCAUUUCUGAGAAUACUGUAAGGACCUUCACUGAGGCUGAGAUUCGUUCCAGGGUGAUUUUUCAGGUAUCAAAACUCUGUACCCUUCUCCUAAAAGCUGUUAGAAGUACCCUUGGAUCACAGGGUUGGGAUGUACUUGUCCCAGGAGCUGCUUUUGGAACAUUAAUUCAGGUUGGGAGCAUUGUCCCUGGAUCACUGCCAUCAUCAGCAAAAGGUCCUAUUAUUCUUGUGGUCAAUAAAGCUGAUGGAGAUGAAGAGGUAACUGCUGCUGGGAGUAAUAUAGUUGGAGUUGUACUUCUGCAGGAACUGCCUCACCUAUCUCACCUUGGUGUUAGGGCUCGGCAAGAGAAAGUUGUCUUUGUGACAUGUGAAGAUGAUGAAGAAAUUGCCAAUAUACAAAGACUUGCUGGAAAUUUUGUGAGGUUGCAAGCAUCCUCAGCAGGUGUUGAUCUAAAGCCAUCAGAAAAUACCCAUGGAAAUGCAAGUGUGAAAAAUCUUUCGGCUGAAAGUUCAUCAAAACUUGAUGUCUCUCGACAUAAUCCAUCAUUGUCAGUUGGGAAAACUUCUCUGUCCAAUCAGGGUGCUCCCUCUGGUGGGGUCAUACUACUUGAUGAUGCAGAUGUGCUUACAUGUGGAGCCAAGGCUGCUGCUUGUGGUCGAUUAGCAUCUUUGGCAGCAGUUUCUAGUAAGGUAUACAGUGAACAUGGGGUACCAACUUCCUUUUGUGUCCCCUCAGGGGUAAUAAUACCUUUCGGCUCCAUGGAAUUAGCUCUGGAGCAAAGCCAAUCAAUGGAAAGGUUUACUUCUUUACUGGAAAUGGUUGAAAUUGCUAGCCUGGAAAGUGGCGAACUUGACAAUUUAUGCUGCCAACUUGAGGAACUGAUCUCUUCACUCAAGCCCCCAAAAGAAAUCAUUGAUAACAUCGCGAGAAUAUUUCCAGGAAAUGUGCGCCUAAUUGUCCGUUCAAGUGCUAAUGUUGAGGACUUGGCUGGAAUGUCAGCUGCUGGACUGUAUGAAUCUAUUCCUAAUGUUAGUCCAUUGAAUCCAUCAGUUUUCUCAAAAGCAGUUAGCCGAGUGUGGGCUUCACUGUACACACGAAGAGCUAUUUUAAGUCGUAGAUCUGCUGGCGUGCCUCAAAAGGAAGCUUCAAUGGCCGUCCUGGUGCAAGAAAUGCUUUCGCCAAAUCUCUCUUUUGUUCUUCACACACUCAGCCCAACAGACGAUGACAAUAACUCUGUGGAGUCUGAGAUUGCCCCUGGCCUUGGUGAAACUUUGGCUUCUGGCACGCGGGGCACCCCAUGGCGUCUUUCUUCUGACAAGUUUAAUGGGCAUGUACGAACCCUGGCAUUUGCAAAUUUUAGCGAGGAGCAGCUGGUAUCUGUUGCAGGUCCUGCUGAUGGGUUAGUUAUCCGCUUGAUUGUAGAUUACAGUAAGAAACCAUUGACUCUGGAUCCUGUGUUCCGUCACCAACUCGGCCAGCGUCUUGGUGCCGUUGGCUUUUUCCUUGAAAGGAAGUUUGGCUGUCCACAGGAUGUGGAAGGAUGCUUGGUUGGAAAAGACAUCCAUAUAGUUCAAACACGCCCCCAACCCAUGUAAAAAGCUUCUUUGUUUCAAGGUAAUGCUCUACUUGAAGGGGACAUGAUUCUUUAAAAACCAUGAUGUAUAGAUAGACGCACACGGUUGCAGACAGCUUUCAUCUUAAUGUUAUUCAGCAUCCGGAGAGGUUCCAUAUGUUGGCACUUUUGUUGCUGGAGCUGUCAUGGGCAGGGCUUACUCAGGAUGCUUCAAUAUGCACUCUUGGUUAUGGAAAUGCGUUUCAGUCAGAAAUAGCAGUAAGAGGUAAAUGAAUACCUUCCUCUCAAAGUAGGUAAUCUUUUGCAUUCGCUAUUUGUUUUUUGAAUCAUGUCCAAGUCUAUAAAUGGCCCAGUAUGAAUUCUGUACUGAUGAGUUGUAAGAUUACAUCAGAAAUACAUAAAUUUUGCCUUUUCAUUCUACCAAAUUAUAGGGGUUUGAUGGCUUUUCUUCCCCAACCACCCUCCCCGCCCUUCUUUUUUUAGGGGUUUGAUGGUUUACCCUUCUACAAUUUUUCAAGAAUUCUAGCAGUACUACAAAUCAGGUCGGGAGCAAUUUCUGAUGUCUAAAGACUAGAUUGUAAUGCUUCAUCAGAAAAAACAUAUACAUAUAGAUUGAGACGAAUUUAGGUGUGAAAUGCGUAUUGAGUACUCCUGCAGUACUUGAUUUUUUA